AUGAAGUUCGUCGCUCUACUGUUAUCACUAGUAGUCGCUGCUUUUGCAGCACCUCAAGGGAACAACGUCAGUAUUCCCUCGGGUGCAGGCCUUACAUCCGGUCCCGGGUCUACUGAUGGUGGUGCAGGAGAGGCCGAGGGAGACCUCGUCAAUGGAGAAGGUGCACAGACUGAAUGCCAAGAGGGAGAAGUCCUUCACGCAGAUGGGACAUGUGUAACUCCUGAAGUCACAAGAAAGAUCUACGAAUUUAAUGUUCCAAAGCAAGAGAGACCCGUUAGUCCAGCACCUAGUAUUCCUCCUCCAGCAGUGGACCACAACAUAUUUGUGCGCCUUCCUGAGGAAGCACCUGCAUCUGACCCCAUCGUUCUUCCUCCACCAAGGCAAAAUAAUAUCUUAUAUGUAAUCAGCAAGCAAGAAGAACAAACUCAUCAAGUGAUCCAAGUACAAGCUCAACCACAAGCUGAUCCCGAGAUUUAUUUCGUCAACUAUCAAGAUGGCGAAAAUCCGACCCUUCCCUUAGGAGUAGACCUUGAAACUGCUCUCAGCGUCGCUGUUGCAGCUGGUUGCCAGGGUCUAGGAGGUGUCGAUGGAGCAGGUGGAGAAGCUGGAGUUGGUGGAGCAGCCGGAUUUGGUGGUGUGGGUGGAUUAGGAGGCGCAGGUCGAAUUACUGAAGGACAUGGAAGUAAUGGUAAACUUGGUGGUGUUAAUGGAGCCGGCGUUGGUGUUGGAGUUAAUGGCGGAGCGGGAGGAUUCCAGACUGGCUCGGGGGAGAGACCAGCAGGCCUCGACACCACCCCCUAG